ACGAUCGAAUUUUUCCGCGUUUCUUCGAUUGUCAUCAUCUGAAACUGUGGCUCAGCACAUCGGGAAGGGCCCAAGAAACGCUCAAUAUACAUCGCCUCUCAUUCAGAACGAAUUACUAGAUCUGAUGGCAAGGCAAGUACAAGAAGGCAUACUUCGAGAAUGCAAAGCUGCCCAGUAUUUCUCCAUCCUGGCCGACGAAACGGCAGAUGUCAGCAACACAGAGCAAGUCUCCCUUUCUCUCCGCUACGUAGAUUCUACAUUUCAAGUGCAAGAGAAGUUUGUCACUUUUGCCAGCACCGAGUCAACAACCGGUGAAGCUUUAGCAGGUCUUGUAAAAUCUACCAUCAUGGACUUGGGUCUCGACCUUGAGAAUCUCGUCGGGCAGGGCUACGACGGAGCUGGAAACAUGAGUGGAAAGGUGAAGGGCGUUCAAGCAAGGAUCCAGCAGGAGUACCCCAUGGCACAGUAUGUCCAUUGCAAGUCCCACAACCUUAACCUAGCAAUCGGCCACAGUUGCAACAUCCUUCCGAUACGCAACUUAUAUACCACAGUUGGCGAGGCUUUGUUCUUUAUCACUGCAUCACCAAAGAGACUUUCCGUCUACCGAUCCUAUGGCGACGACACCUCCACGCGUCUUCAAAACUUCUGUCCAACGAGAUGGAGCCAGAGAGAGGAAAGCUUGGGCACUCUCAUUGGAAGGUUCGGGCAGGUUCAGGACACGCUGAUGGAACUGGAAAAAGAUAAAGACAUCAAAACAUCAACUACGGCGGCAGGGCUUUUCCGGGCUAUGGACAGCUUCGAAUUCGUCGCCCCUCUUUUUAUCGCGCAUCGCCUACUCCGGUACACUGUCCCUCUGUGCAAGCUGCUCCAGCUGACAGACUGUGAUCUGGUUCAGGCAUCUUCCCAAGCGACAAGACUGCGCGAUCUCUAUCAGGAGAAAAGGGACAACAGCUUCUUCGACGAGGUGUGGGGGGAAAUGGUGGAGUUUGCUGCCCAACAUGACAUAGAGGUGUCUGUCCCCAGGAGAGCAGCGAGGCAAAUCCACCGAAACAAUGCACCGGCGGCAUCUCCCAAAGACCACUGGCGUGUCAAUGCAUUCCUCCCUUUUGCUGACCAUGUGAUUUCGGAGAUUUCGACCCGUCUCUGCACUUCCUUCCCACGACUGUUGGCACAGAGUUUGAUCCCACAGCGUCUGUCCAACCUGACCGACGAAGAAUGGACGCAAAUAAAGACGGAAUAUGGCCUGGUCCUCGAUUACAAUGCGGACAUUGAAUUGGAGCUCUGGCGACAAGCCGUGAACACGGGGGACAUCACUGGGGUGGACUUAGAGGAUGCGGUGAAAGCAAGUUAUGGUUUGUUCCCCAACAUUCAUAGGAUCCUCAAGAUUCUUCUUACUAUGCCAGUGUCGACAGCAACAGCAGAAAGAUCAUUUAGCGCUAUGAGACGUCUAAAGACAUAUCUAAGAUCUACCAUGUCCGACAAACGAUUGUCGUCAUUGGGACUAUUACAUGUUCACAGAGAGUUCAAGAUAGACAUAGACCAGGUUCUUAAGGACUUUGACUGCUCAGGCCACAGAAGAAUUCACAUGGCUUUUCAGUAAAGACUGUCGCUUUUAUACUCACUCAUGUGUUGCAUCAAAAAACGGUGUCAUUCUUACAAUGAAUAGAUAAUUAAAAUAGUUGUUAAAUGAAUUAUGAGCAAACGCAUGUGCAAUCAAACUGUUUUAUAUUUUUCAGUGAUAACUUUUUAAUUAACAAGACAGUCAGCAGGUGCAAUCCUUUUGUUUUAACAUUUUAAGAGAGUGAUUAAAUAUAUAAAACACAGCUUUCUAAUGAAUUAUCACUGUUUCUCCAUCACGACGAAAAAUGCAUUCUCCAUUAUAUGAUCAGUGUUUCACACUAAACAACAGUGCCACAACAUGAUUCAGAAUUCAGUUUGAUACAAGCAGACAAUGCAGCAUAACCUGCAGUUCGUUCAGUGCCCAAAGUUGAUGUUUCACUUAGCCUCCUUUUAAAUAGA